CAGCUGCCGGGGGCGGCGCGGGGGCAGCUCCUGGCGCGCAACCUGCCCGGCCAUCCUCGCCAGCUCUUCCCGCCGCUUCCUCGCCGCCUGCUGCACUUCCUGCUCUGCCCGCAGUGCCUCCUUGCAGCAGCAGCAGCAGCGCCAGCUCCUCCGGCUCGCCUCUGGGCUUCCCCACCGCCGCCUCCUCCUCUCCCUCAGCGGCGGCGGCUGCUGGUACUGAAGGAAGGCGGGGAGGUUUGCCAAGGCGCCGGGAAGGAGAACCCUUCCCCGGGGCAGCUUCCUCGCCUUCUCCCCGGGGGCAGGGAGCGGCGCUCGCCCUGCUGCUCCUCGGGCAGCCGGCGGGAGGAGCGGGCCUCGCCGGUGAGGACAGGCGGCGCGGAGCGCGGAAGGUGAGCCCCCGAACGCGGCGCUUGCAUCCGUGCCGCGCCUCCUCCAGCGGCCCUCUCCGCCUUGCGCGGCGGGCAGCCUCUCCUCAGACCCUGCCUUCUUCUGCGCCGAGGAAGGGGGCAGCGCCGAGAAAAAGGCCCUCUUCUUCCCCUGAGGAAGGAAAGCGGGCAGGAGGCGUCUCCGUGCAGGCCGGCGCUUCUGGGCGCACCGCGCACGGCCGGCUCUUUCUCUCUCUCUUGCGCGCGCGGUUCCGCGAGCCAAGGGGCGCGGAGGAGCGCCGCGGGUCUUCCUCGGGGCGCACCGAGGUCCCCGCGCGAGGAGGGCGCGCUUGCUUGCCCUGCCGGCGGGGUCCCCUGGGCGCGCGGCCGCCUCUCCCUGCGCCCCCCUCGACCUUUCCAUUUGGAGCGAGGGGAUGUGGGGGCGCUCCGAAUUCUCCCCGCGUUCUUCUGGUCUGAAGGGGGCUCUGCCUUUAUCAGGGGCUCCGAUGGCGCUUUAAAGCGAGGUCAGCCCCCACCCCCCCGCCUCCCAAAUCGAGGCGUCCCCAGCAGACCCCCCCCUUCUCCCACCAGACGAGAGAACGGUGGGGAUGGGGCGGGCGCAGUAGGAAUGCGCGCCCUUCCUUUCCUCGGGGAGCCUCACCUGCGCUUUGGCAAUGUCUCCAAAAGGCUUUCCUGCCCAUCUAAAAGAAGCGCAGUCCAGCAGGAUUAUGGCUCCUCACCCCUUAAAAAAGACUUUUGGCUUGAGAAGGUUGCAGUCUGACGUUUCUAGGGAGUGAAGUAGCUCAUGGUGGUUGGAAAAUUAAACUUGCUCGGUCAUGGUUGCUCUUAAGAAGAGACCACUGUUGACGUUGGCACCUCUGAAAGGGGCAUAGAAAAAAAAGGAUGUAGGUUGUGGGAUCUCAUUACUUGUAUUGGUUGAAAAAGUCAUCCCAUAAAUGCAGAAUAAUUCCCAGUUCUGGUUUAUGUUUGAGAUACUUCAAGUUGCCACGAAUCCAGUUACGCUGAAGUCAUUAGUUGAUUUUUAAGAGGGCCCACGGAAUGUCUUGAGAUUAAGACCCUGUGGUUAAAUAAUUUACUCUGUGAUUCAGAUAGUUUAUACUGAGUGUUUCAGGUUGUGACAUUUAUUAAUAUGUCUUUGUGCUUUUGCGGGGGAGUCGAAAAUGUUGUUGAAUUGCUGCAUGGUAUCUUUGAAGUACUUCCUCUUUGAUGUUCAGAUUUUCAUAUCUACUGUAGUAUCUAAUUUCUGUUAAACCACUGAGCCUCUUGGGCUUGCCGAUCAGAAGGUCGGCAGUUCAAAUCCCCUGACGGGGUGAGCUCCCGUUACUCGGUCCCUGCUCCUGCCAACCUAGCAAUUCAAAAGCGCGUCUAGUGCAAGUAGAUAAAUAGGUACCGCUCCGGCGGGAAGGUAAACGGUGUUUCCGUGCGCUGCUCUGGUUCACCAGAAGCGGCUUAGUCAUGCUGGCCACAUGACCCGGAAGCUGUACGCCGGCUCCCUCGGCCAAUAAAGCGAGAUGGACGCUGCAACCCCAGAGUCGUCCGUGACUGGACCUAACGGUCAGGGGUCCCUUUACCUAAUCUUUAACAAAAACACAAACUUCUGAUUGCUCAGUUGGGCUAUAUGUUCAGCAGUAAUGCAGAUAGAAAAAAAAUCUAACUAGUUUACUCAAAAUUACCCCCCUUUUUAGCUUCUGAAAGUUUAACAUCACUUUGACAAUACAGGUAGACUAGUUUUAACUUGAUUUGCUGCUAAGUUAGUUAUUCUUUUGGGUAUAAAAUGCUUGUGUUGCAAACAAAGAAAGUGUUGGUGGUUAUUUUGUAUGCAUUGCUUAAUCCCUCUCUUUUUUGUCCCGAUAAUACAUAGAUUAGUCUCAGUACUUUUAAGGAAUUGAAAUGCAGUACACUAAAGAUGACACUAAUGUUAGCUUUAAAAAUACCACUUGAGAAGACAUGCAAUUUCUUAAGAAUUCAGCAUUAUUUUGUACAUGGAAAAGUUAACAAUUCAGAAACAAACAUUUCUCAUGAUGAAGACGAGUUACCCUCAUCAUGUGGGCUGCAGUCAACCAACUUUAUACGGCCCUCUAGGUGUAUUCAAAAAACAAUGCCGAAUAAAUACAUUCUCUAAGCAAGUAUCAGUAGUAAGUGACACCUGAGGGGGAGUUAUUUAUUGGGGAGUUGCAUUAUUCUGUAGGUGGAUUACACUGCACGUGAUUAUGAUAAUGAGUGAUGCUUUAUUUUAUUUCUGCUGUUAGACAGUGUGCAAAUUAUGACACAACAAUCCAAAAAUCACGUCACUGUGCAUCAGGUUUAAAUUAUAAGAGUAAUUUCACUGCAUAUUUAUGGAGGGAGGGGGAACCUACAAGGCAGGGCAAUAACCACUUCUAUUGCCCUGCCAUUUUGCUGCAGGCAGUAUGGGAAGGGUGCGUGAGAAGCUUCUACUUCUUCCCUUUUGUUGAUGAUGCACGCAAGGGAAUAAGAUUGCCCAACCAAUGUAGCUCUUUCUCUGACAGUGUAAAAGCACUAACGUGGCGCCCUGAAAUCACUCAGCCGACUUUAUACUGAGCAUAGUAUUGUCCCCUUAGAAUUAAACCUCAUGCAGACUGCGACUUCAGUUCUUUACAUGCUGACUGUGAAAAAAAUAGAACCAUCGUAGUGUAAUUUAUUAUGCUUUGAUGGGAAAAUAUAGUUCGUUACAGUGAGCAUUUUUUAAUCAGUUGGAAUACAUAUGAAGGCUUGGAUAUUAACUUCUUCUUUGGCGUCACUCGCAGAUUGUCUUCCAUGAACACUGUUUUAAUAGAGCCGUACGUGACUGUGGAGGCCAGUUCUGGAUCCACACGUCCUUCCACAGUGGGAACAUAGGUUUCCGGGUGGGAGUUGAUCACGGUGAUGGUUUGCCAAGCAUGCCUUCCUCUUACCACGUUUUCGUCCUAAGUUCGAGAGUCUUCAAAGCCCACGACACCUUCGGUAAAGGCUGUUCUCCAAUUGGAGCACUCGCUAGCCAGUGUUUCCCAGUUGUCGGUGUUUAUAUUACACUUUUUUAGAUAUUAGCAUAAUGUUGGAUAUUAACAUAAUGUUACAGGCCACCCCAAUCUCUGCUGAGCAAGAGUUUCCAGGGGUCUUGGCAUUUAACUAGGGUUUGUGUUGCUUUGGAAAGUGGUACAGCAGAGACUAGCGUCUUUUUCAGAAAUAUGGUUUAUUUUACACAUAUUUACAUCUAAAGCCUUCUGUGGAGAAUGUGCAUGCAGAACAUUAUGGCCUAAGAGUGUCUCUUGUGGCUCCCCUAGUAGCUUCAGCAAGCUUGGAUCCAAAGCAGCAGCCACCCAGCCCCCCCCCCGCCCCCCGCCGCUCAGUGCAGCCUCCAGCCAGUGCCUUCCAGUAUCCCCCCUCAGUUUCAAAAGCCUACUGCAAAAAAACCACUUUCCCCCCAUGAUGACAUCACGCCUCCUGUUACCAUGGCAACGUCUCCCUGUGUGCUUUCUGCUUAUGGGGCACCAUGGUGAAAUUUACUUGGAGUCGAGAGUGGAUUUCAUGCUCUUUAUUCAGCUCAUAGUAGUGAGGAAUGGAAGUUCCCCCAAAAUGUCAGCUUUAUAUACAUUAUUUACACAAUGGGUCCCACGUGAUUGGCUAAUUCUGGUAUUCUCCUGUACGCCAAUCAGGUUGCGGAUUCACUUCCACCUGGCGUUGGAUUGGGUGGCUCCUGCGGACCAAUCAGACUGCUGCAUUCUGAAUCCUAUUCAACUCAGUACAUAACACCUGGUUUCUUCAAGGACCCACCAUCACCAGGUGGCCUCAUGAUGAAGUUAUUCCCAGCCCUUGAAAAAAAACGUACUUUUUGGAGUUUGCUCAAUUUCUGACCCUUCCCUGAACGUAGAGUUUAUGGGGCUCUGAAAAGACUUCAGGGGAUAUUGGUGGCUGCAUACUUCUCUCUCUCUCUCUCUGUGUUUGUUUUGCAUUGUGCAUAGAUCGGCAUUGGAUAUGUAAAAUACGUGCCUCUAAAAUGUACUGUACCCCAAGUUAUGGAAACAAAGUAGUAAAGGUUUGACUGGGGUCUGUGGGAAAAGGGGGGGGAAACAUCGGGGGAGAGUUUGUAGAACAGCAUGCAUGCUCUCUCUCGCAGACACACUCAUGCACACACAUGCUCAACCCUAUGCAGAGUUUGGUGAGGGUGUUUAAACUUCUCAACUACUUUUCUAAGUUGUCAAGAUUAGACUCUUUUCUGAUGUUUUGCUUAUAAAAGUGACAAGCGAACAUAAUGGAAUGUUAUUGAUAAAGCAACCAUCCAUUCCAGGCAGGAUCUUUGAUAAUAAGACAAAUGCUUUUUUUAAAAAAAAGUUAUUUGGUAAAGAAUAACCAAUUUCAGUAUGAAUUACCACCAAAUUCUUGGUUUGGUCAGAGAACUAUGUAAUUGCGGUUGUAAAGCCGUACUGUAGUACUAUAAGUGUUACUCAUUAACAUUCCAUUUACAUUUCAAAAAGGAAGCUUGGCUGUUAAAGCAAAUAGUGUGUAAAUGCUCCUUUUAGCAACCCUUUGGCACACACCUGGUUUAAGGUUUUUGUAUCUUUGGAUCACAAAUAGAAGGCUUUUGGGUUAAACAAGCAAGCAAAAAGCAGCAAAGCUUCAAAGUAGUUACUGAAAAUAUGAAAGGCACUGUAUUUUUCACUCUAUAAGACGCACCAGACCACAAGACGCAUCUAGUUUUUGGAGGAGGAAAACAAGAAAAGAAAAAAUCUGAAUCUCAGAAGGCAGAACAGCUGUUCUGGCUUCUGGGAUAGCUGCGCAGUCUGCAUUCGCACCAUAAGACGUACAAACAUUUCCCUUUACUUUUUAGGAGGGAAAAAGUGAGUCUUAUAGAGCAAAAAAUACGGUAAUUAAAUGGUACAGUGGCCAACACAUUUUGGUAAAGACCUUCAGGUUGCACUGAAGAACUACUAUAUACCGGUAAAUAAACAAACCAUAAUACAGAUUAUAUAUAUACAUUAUAUACAUCAUUGACUAAUUAUAAUUUAACAAUUUAUGUUAAAAAGCAUACUCCCUUCUUAGGCAUCACUUUGUGGAGGCAUGUCCCCAGAAGGUUGCUUAUAAAUACCAUGAAGAAAUUAUUAACUGUUUUUAUAUUGUUUUGUUAGGUCCUUUUAGUGUUUUAGUUUUUGUAAGCUGCUCUGAGCCAGUCAACACUGAACUACAUGGACUUGAUAUAAGGAGCUUCCCAUGUUUCUAAUCUUAAAAUACCAGUGAGUACACUGUUACUUGUUUUAGUGGCUAAAAUUUUAACAUAUUUGACCUAGACAAAUCCUGCCACCUCCUAUUUGAAUACAGUCAGUACUGCACAGUGUUUUGGAUGAGUCCCAAACCAGAAAAUAUGUGUAUUUCCCAGUGCAGCAAGGUUUUUCUUUACUGUUCCUCCAGUUGUCCUCUCCUGUCAUUUGAACCCCUUUCCCUGCCUGUUGAUUUGAGCAGGACUCAAGGCUAGAAAUAGUAGCUUUCAAAAUAGUUGGAAGACUAUGCAGGAGACAGAAGUGAGCCAGACCAAUGUGACCAGGGCAGAAAUGGGGAGUAGAAGCCAUCAUUUUUGCCUCUUGCCUUGAGCAAUAUACUCCUAUUUUCAGGGUUGUAAACUGGCAACAGCAUUGCAUCCUGUUCCUUACAAACAUUUCUUGUUUUGAUUUGUUUUGGUUUAUAUACCUUCCUUCAUCAUAAGGUCUCAGGGUAGUUCACAGAAUUGUUGGACACCAUUGUCUGGGUUGUACAUUUUUGUAAUGCCCUUUCUGUUGUUAAGGAAGUUUCCUCUGUUUUUAUUUGCUUUAAUUUGUGUAUAUUUUAGAAAUGUUUUGGUGUAAGGCUGUCCAGAGAAUAUUUAUUGAUAGGUGGCUGUAUGCAUUCAUUCAUUCAUUCAUUCAAUCAAUAAAUAAAUAAAUAAAUAAAACAUUACCCUGCUGUAUUUGGGUUAAAACAGAAAUCCCAGUGAUUUCUGUCAUGUGUUCCACAGAUCCCACAGAGAUUUAUCCAUUCUUGGCUUGAGUCUCUCUGUUUAGUGAUUCAGCAUGUACUUACCGGUCCUUCCUCUUUUCCUCCCAUAUGGAAACUGUGCCUCUAGGGAAAGACUUUCUCUUUUCCUGAUAACUGAAGCAAGUCAUCUGCAAGCAAUGUCUACCAGCCGUAUGCUGUCAGAAUUAUACUUUCAGAUAAUUCAUCAGAUAAAUAGCAUUUAUUUGUGGCAUCACUUCUUUCAAGUAUGAUUUGCAGCAUGCAGUAGACUAAGAUUUGCAGCGUUUUUAUUGUUCUUGGGCUUAACUUCAAGUCAGACAUGGUGAUGUGGAAUAUUUGCUUUCUGCCCUACACUGUUGGUUCAGUACAAAUCAUAAGGGGAGAAAAGGAUGUGUUCCUUAUUAUAAGACACUUUGUUUGGAAGACUUCCAGAACUGGCUUUGAUGAAGCUCAGAAGCAUUCAGUAUCUCUUCAUUCUUUUACCUUUUAUAUUUGACAUAGUAUUACCAAGAUCCUCCUUGAGGAUCUUGUUGAUCCUAAGGUAAACGUUAGGUCCAGUCGUGGAAGACUCUGGGGUUGCGCACUCAUCUCGCUCUAUAGGCUGAGGGAGCCGGCGUUUGUCCGCAGACAGCUUCUGGGUCAUGUGGCCAGCAUGACUAAGCUGCUUCUGGCGAACCAGAGCAGUUCACAGAAACGCCGUUUACCUUCCCGCCAGAGCAGUACCUAUUUAUCUACUUGCACUUUGACGUGCUUUCAAACUGCUAGGUUGGCAGGAGCUGGGACCGAGCAAUGGAAGCUCACCCCAUCGUGGGGAUUCGAACCGCCGACCUUCUGAUCGGCAAGCCCUACACUCUGUGGUUUAGACCACAGCGCCACCCGCAUCCCUAGUUGAACAUAAAGAUUGCCUUGGAACAUUGGAGAGGAUAGUGAUGAUUAGCAUCCACCCUGGCAUGUUGCUCAAGGACCAGCCUAUCCUCAGUCACACAAUAUCAUCACCAGGGAAGGGGAGGAACAUGUCAUUUUGAAAUUGUCUCUUCAUUGUAUUCCAUGGCAUCCCUUAUCUGGCUUUGCAGUGAUUGAUGUCCCUGCUGAAACGAGCUGUAUGAGAAAGCAAAAGCAUUCAAUCCUAAUAGGUCUCUCCUGUAUGUCUUAAGUGGCUCUCUCCUGUAUUUCUUAAGUGGCACCAGUAAUAGGAUAUGAUGCUAAGCAAAUAAUAAUGCUGUGAGCCAUCCUGCCAUUUCCUCUGGGCAGCUACUUGUUCAUUAUUGCUAGGUUGCUCUGCUAUUCAAGGUAUGUAGGGCCUGUGGUGCUGGAGGAGACUCUUGAGGGUCCCAUGGACUGCAAGAAGAUCCAACCUCUCCAUUCUGAAGGAUAUCGGCCCUGAGUGCUCACUGGAAGGACAGAUUGUGAAGCUGAGGCUCCAAUACUUUGGCCACCUCAUGAGAAAAGAAGACUCCCUGGAAAAAAGACCCUGAUGUUGGGAAAGAUGGAGGGCACAAGGAGAAGGGCACGACAGAGGACGAGAUGGUUGGACGGUGUUCUUGAAGCUACCAGCAUGAGUUUGACCAAACUGCGGGAGGCAGCGGAAGACAGGAGUGCCUGGCGUGCUCAGGUCCAUGGGGUCACGAAGAGUUGGACACGACUAAACGACUAAACAACAGCAACAAGGGCCUUGGGCAGUUUAGGGCUGGCCGACCUGUGGCCCUCCAGAUGUUGUGGGACUCCCAGCUCCCAUCAGCCCCAGUCAGCAUGGCCAGCGGUCAGUGAUGAUAGGAGCCUUCACCUUCAGGGCCACAAAUUAGCUGUCCUUGGCUUUAGAGAUUACAUUUAUCGAGACUUCCGGGUUGGUGCCUCUGGCAAUGGCGGAUUUCCUCCAAUCGGGAGGAAUCCGCUCCGUGGAAAACAGGGUCUGAACCGCCACGGCGAGGCGGAGACCCAUCAAAAACCACAGGCGGGAGAAGCCUGUGGACGUGGGAUUCGGCUGGCACCUUUGCGCCCCCCCCACUCGCGGGGAAACCCUGUUUUGGGGAUCCGGAGUGACGUGGGGGUGAGUGGCGCGGUGCUUUGAAUCGACUGCUUCUUUCACGGAGUGAAGCCGCAUUGCUGUUGCCGGAGAGCGCUGACUUUUUCCUGUGGACAAUUGGAUUUUAAACAACUGCCCGUGAGUAGAACGGAAAAUUGGACUAUGGAAUUUUUAAAUUAGGCACCGAAGCGGGAAGGUCUAAACAGGAAGUCCGCCUUCCGCUUUUGUAGAUAGAUUGAAGCAAAGACACGGCAAGCUAGAGUUUAGAAAGUCGUGUGUAAAGGAUUAAAUUUUCAUCAUUUAAAAUUACUGAACCCCCCUUGGAAGCAGGAGAAGAGGGGGGAACCUUUUUUUUAGACUGUUUAAACCUGCAGAAGAGAGAGUAAAGAAAGGCAAUUUUCCACCGUCUUGAACCUGGGAGCGGGGUGUCAGGACAGACGUUUUGGGGAAGUUCAUUGACUGUGGACAAACGUUUUUGACAGAUAGUUAAAAGAAGAGAAACAUAUUGACUCCAUUGUUCCCUUUCGCAUUUAAAAGGAACAAAAUAUCGACAAAAUAUCCGAAAAAGGAAAACUUUGUUGCUAGAUCUGCUUUUAAUAAUAAUAAAAAAAAGAUGGAUACAAAUAGAAAUUGUUUCCCCUAGAGGGAGCUUGUGAAACUGUUAUUAAAGUCGAACUGGGGAGCUUUGCAGCUGUUAAGAUUAAAGAUCGUGGGACCAGACUUCGACCUUGAACAAGAAUGUGCUCAGAGGCUCUGGUGCUUGCCUUUUGCAAGACAAGUGCUUUAUUGGAACAGUUACAUGAGAAGAUGGAUUUGAUGACUGUUGCGAUUGGAAAUUUUGGACAGGCAAUGGGUACCUAUAUAGAACCCACUCAGGAAUUAAUCCAGGAAUGUGCUUUGACAGAUCAGAUGAGGGAGGAGGUUGUUGCUGGACCUCGGGUGGCAGAGAUGGAGGGAGCUGUGGCCCAGCAGGAACAUGAGUUGGUGGAUUUGACGAAUGAACCUGGAAAAAGUCAGAUUUGGAGAGAUGGAGUUCUGUUUGGCUUGGAGAUGGGGGGCUGGAUGGACCCCCCUAUGCAGGGAUGUUUUGACCUUUCAAGUCUGGCUUUGGGCCGGGGGAAGUUCGGAGUUGUGGGGGCCCUUAACUUUGGAGGGACCUUGAAACAUGCCUUUAAAUACCACAUGGAUUUCAGUGUUGACUAUGGAAAAGGGGCUGACUUGUCGAGAAGGGACAAAAAUAUUGUCAAGCUGGAGUCUCCCCGAGUGAAAGGAGCAAAAGACAAAGUAAAGUACGGGUAAAAACAUGAAGAAGACCUGCGGAAGGGACAUGGAAAAGACUUAAGAGCCUCGGAUAUAAGGUCUCCAGGUUGAUGGACUAGAUGGAUGGGAUAGAAAGGACUGACAAAACCCGAGACCAGGAAGAAGAGACGAUGGAUGAAGAUUGGAAGAAAGUUCUAAAAAUUUAUUUAGAAAAAUAUUGUAAAAUUAAUGAGUAUUAGAAAAAUGUUGGAAUGAAAUUAUUUGGCUUUAGCAGAAAUGUUAAAAAGAAUUAUGUAAGAAUAUGUUAUGGUUAAAAGAAUUUGGUAUAAAUAAGAUUUAAGUUUUAAGUUUUAGGGUUUUUUAUGGUAAGAUAAGGUUAAAAUAGAUUAAGGUAAUUUAAUGACAGAAUAUUGUGAAAGAUGCAAAGGAUUUGCUGAGAUAAUUAAUAACUAGAAUACAAAAAAGGGAGGUGUGAGGAGGUUGAUGAAAUAAGUUAAUGAAAAUUAAGGAUUUGGGAAUAUUGGAUUUGUUUUUAAAUUUUUUGUAUAUUUUUGGCUUUUUGAUUUUGAUGCAUUGUGCGUUUUGUUUUUUCUUUUCGACUUUGGUUUUUACUGAUUUGUAAUUGUUACUUUUAUCUACUUUUUUCUUUCUUUUUCUCUUUCUCUUGUUUUUUCCUUCUUUUUUCUUUGUAACUUUAAAAUUCUCAAUAAAUAUCAUUAAAAAAAAAAAGAGAUUACAUUUAUCAUCCCGGGUCUGUGCUUGGAACGCUGACUUUUGAACCCUGGUGUAAUUUGCAUUUCCUAAUCUUCCUGCCUUCCAGAAGCUGAUCAGCUGCAUUCUGUACCACUGAACAGUUUUCAAGGGCAGCCUUAAUAAUUGCUGAUGCAAGAUGUAGUCUGAUUUAAAAACCAAGAGAUAUGUGAUCUGAACCAGGGGGGAAAUCUUUGCCACAGCAGUGAUAGAAGGGGCACUUUGCUCUUGCCUCAAAGGCACUUCUCUGUGAAGACCCACCCAAUGUGGAAUGGAUAAAAAUGGGUCUGGCUGACUGGUAAAGACAGCAUAUUGAAUAUUAAUACUGCUUAUUUAGUUCAAGCUUCGUUAAUUUCAUUGAGGCUUGUACUAAUUCAGCUCUAUAUAUUUGCUAACUCCCAUUAUACAUCAUGUUUUAAUGGUGUGUUUAACACAAAGCAAUCAACUGAACACAUUAUUAAAUUGUUAUUCUUUAGUAUAAUCUAUUGGUUGCAUUGUGCUUUAGGAUAUCUUAUUUUAGAGAGAAGCCAGGCAAUAAAUGAACACAAUUGUUCCUACGUUUUCUAUAAUGUUUGUGCUGAGGAUUAUAGUAAUGGGUGACAGUAAGAACUUUUGUUAAACCUAAACUUUCAUUCGCCACCGCUUCUUCGAGGGCAUAGCAGGUUUUGUUGAAAUGGAGGUUUGCUCAUGUUGCCAGACGGUUGUUGAGAAUGAGGCCUAAUUGGCAAGGAAAUAUUUCUCUAAAAUAGAUGCAAACGCAAGCAUAACACAGGCAGAAAGAGACAAUUGCUUUUUUAAUCAAUUUUAAUCAAUGUUGUAACAAUGUGUUGUGUGAAUGAAGGAGCAGAAUAGUUAGUUUCCCCUUUCGUCGCCUCCAGAUAAUAAGUGUACAGUCAAACUUCGGUUUUUGAACAUCUCGGCUGACAAACGUUUUGGAAGCUGAACGCUGAAAACCCGGAAUUGAAUGCUUCCAUUUUCGAACGCGCCUCAGAAGUCAAAUGGCUUCCAAGGCACAUUUCUCUUUUUUUUUUUUAAAAAAAUAAUUUUUAUUAAACUUUCCAUUUUAACAAUCCAAUCCAAUCACAUUAAAUGUUCCAAAUUAUACAAAUACAUAUCAUAUAGUCCAAAUAUUCUGCCAAAUUAUAAAUUUUUAUUGGGACUUCCCAUGCUUCAAGUUCGGGGUGGGUCUGAUCAUCUUAUAUCUCUACUGCCUUGAGUUUCCAAUAGUUCCUUUAAAUCUUCCUGUUGUUAACCUUCCUUCUUUCAUGGCCUCUGAGUUGUUUCCACAGGCGAGUUGAAGUAAGCAAUGAUGUGUUUCUAUGUGAAUUUUGUGUGCUUGACUCUCCUAUUGUUGCAGUAUCUCCUCACACGCUGGUGUUUAUGCCGAAUCAAUCCAAAAGUCAUUUCGCUGCUGGCAGAUGCCAUCUUCUCUCAGUUCCGAUGAAAUCAAAUCUAGGCAUUUGCUCAUUAAUUUUCCCACACCCGUUGCAUCAAACAUUAGCCUUUCCAGGGGAGAUAUGCCAAAUCGGACUUAAAGUGCAGAUAUAAUAACAAAUUAAGAGCUCACCUUCCAAGGCACAUUUCUCAAUUUCCCCAUUGAACUUGCUGACAGCCCUUUGAUCCUCGGUUUUCGAAUGUUUCGGAAGUCGAAAGGACUUCUGUAAUGGAUUACAGUGGAACCUCGGGUUGUGAACGUGAUCUGUGCGGGAGGCACGUUCGUGACCCGCAGCAUUUGCAACCCACAGCACUGCGUCUGCGCACACGCGUGACACGAUUUGGCGCUUCUGUGCGUGCGCAAAGCGUGAUUUAGCGCUUCUGCGCAUGCGCGAUUGCCAAAACCCGGAAGUAAGCUGUUCCGGUACUUUCAGGUUUGGCGCGUCUGUAACCCGAAAACGCACAACCCGCAGCGAUUGCAAGCCGAGGUAAGACUGUACGUUCAAAAACUGAAGUUCCACUGUAUAAGUUAGAUAAUUCCUGCGUAAAAUUCAGAACUGAUAUGACAUGACUUACCCAACUUUGCUCUCUGAGUGUUCCAGCUGAGGCGGCUCUCCCCUUCCCUAGCAGCUGCCAUAGGGCUACUCAAGGAGAUACAACUGAAGAUGAACAAAUAUAAGUAUAUCAGUUUCAGUAACUAAUACCUUUUCUGCCUCAUUCAUUCAUUCAACUACCUUUAUCUUAAAAUGAUCUCAAGGUUUCAUGUACAGUUGAAAAAAUAAUCAUUGAGUGAUGUUAAUAGGAGAUACUACAUAAAACAAAUGGUAGAAACUUUUUAAAGACUAUUUCAUUUGUUUACAGAUUAUAUUUGUGCUUUGUUCAUCCAUCUUUGUAGAACAAGAGAACUGGAAUUUAUAAGAUUUAAGUGUUGAAAUCAACAGGAUUUACUUCUGAGCUUGUAACUGGGCUGUUAGUGUCUCUGGUGUGAUGUGGAUGCAAUUGCAAGUUCAGCGAAGGGAAAUGUAAAUAUGCCUUUUCCCCCUUUCAAUCAACAGGUAUUAGUAUCUUCACUUUGAGAUGGUGGGACUAGGAAAUAGCCGUCGCGGGAUGAAGUCUCCACCCCUCCUAGUGGCGGCACUUGUGGCUUGUAUAAUAGUUCUGGGAUUCAAUUACUGGAUUGCAAGUUCCCGCAGUAUUGAUUUGCAGGUAUUACUCUUCUAUUGGUUUUCCACAUUGAUGGAAUCAGCAAAGAUGUUUUCCUUUGUUCAGAAUUGCAGUGAAUUAUUGAAGUUUAAAAAGCACUUCAGGGUUUCCAAAUCAUCAUACCUGACAGGAAUUUGGAUGCUGGCCGGGAGAGCAAAUAGUGAGAGAAACGAGAAGUGCCUGGGAGAAGCUUGUGACGAUAGUAGUUAAAUACUGAAUCCUUCUCAACCAGGAAAUUGUGGAGCUUUAUGCUAUCCUUAGGGAUGUGGGUGGCGCUGUGGGUUAAACCACAGAGCCUAGGACUUGCCGAUCAGAAGGUCGGCGGUUUGAAUCCCCGCGACGGGGUGAGCUCCCGUUGCUCGGUCCCUGCUCCUGCCAACCUAGCAGUUCGAAAGCACAUCAAAAGUGCAAGUAGAUAAAUAGGUACCACUCCGGUGGGAAGGUAAACGGCGUUUCCGUGCGCUGCUCUUGUUCGCCAGAAGCGGCUUAGUCAUGCUGGCCACAUGACCCAGAAGCUGUACGCUGGCUCCUUCGGCCAAUAAAGCGAGAUGAGCGCCGCAACCCCAGAGUUGGUCACGACUGGACCUAAUGGUCAGGGGUCCCUUUACCUUUACCUUAUGCUACCCUUGCUGUCUGCUAUAUCAAUGUAAAAAACUCUUUCUGUUUCUCUCAUGCCUAUAGAUACACAUGUAUGAACACAGACCCAGAGACAAAGUUGGGACUGGCUGUUUUGAAUUAGUGUGUGGAACAAUCAUCCAUCUCCCCAACACCUCUGCCCCUUGGUCCAUUUUCUGCCUUACUUCCUACUUAAGAGAAAAUUGUUCCUUCUGUGUCCCUUCUCUCUCUACUCGAACAGUGUUUUUGCCUCACUUCUUGUUAACUACACACAAUCCUGUCUGUCCCCAACCCAAGGAACAAGAAUCUUUCCUCACAUCAGCACUGAUUAUCAAUAUUCCUAGUGAUUUUUUCCCUUACCAUCCAUCCUAUCCCAUGUUCUAGAAGCAUUUAGCAUGGGCUCACGGGGGGGCUCACAGGUGACUGGUAAUUGUGCGGUGGCCAAUUUUGUUUUCUGCAAGCAUAGAAUGGGAAGUUAAAAUUUUGAUGACACGCAUUUACAGCAAAGAUUGCCAACAUUCUCUUCUGAAUUUUUGUAUCUGCUGCCUCUUAGAACCGCAUAAUGGAGCUAGAAGGAAGAGUCCGCCGGGUGGCUGUAGAACGAGGUGCUGUAGAAAUUAAAAAAAAUGAAUUCCAAGGAGAGCUGCAGAAACAGAGGGAACAGAUUGACAGAAUUCAGAGCCUGCAUAACUUCCAGAUGGAAAACACUAACAAAAUACACAUGGAUGAGAAGGUAAGAACUAUUUAUCUAUCCUUGUCGCUCUGCUCUGGGCCUCUCUAUGCAGCUCCUCCUUUGUCCUACUGCUGCUAAGUCUUUCUUUGCAAAAGAAACAGUGGAUUUAUCCAAUAUUAUUUUAGGGUCAAAAAAAUCCCAGUACUGCGUCUCUUCUACCAUAAUGGAAAGGGCCUCGCCAUUGUUGCUGUCUGUGAAAGGGAAGGUGCCUUAAAACUGUAUAGAUACUAUUUAAUAUAAAAUGAUUAUUUAUUGAAUAAAGAAUACUCUUCCAAAGGAGCCCAGGGUGGCAAACACAACAUUCAAAACAAUGAGGUUAAAAAUAAAAAGGCAUUUUAAACAUUUUAAAGAGAGUUUAUUAUUACUUACACACCUUGUGCUGGAAGCAGCUUCUUGAGGAAAAAAAACGCAAGAGGAAAACUGAAGUGGGGUGUUGUGAAGAUGUUAUGACAACCUGUGAGACUAACAAACAGCUCCUUCCACAUUGCGAGGGAUGUGAAAUGUCAUGCUUGGUGGGAUCAUUUCCAUCUACUGGCAAACUGGAUUAACAGUCUGAACGCUGAUUACUAGCCGUUUCUCCACAGUGGAAGAAUUGUAGCACACUGUCCUUUGGGUGGCUGAGUCAUAGCUGUGACUUCAUCCUAGAAAAACCUCAGCAUCUAGAAAGAUCCUAAAAAGGUACUUGCAAAUGUACAUAUUUUAGCAGAGAGUCUGCUGUGGAAGUGCCCUUGUGAGGUUUUUGGUAGGUUUCUUGGGCUGCGUACAAAUGUACCUGCAAACGCAACCUGGUGUGCUUUUUCUCCACUGCAGAGGGAAGGAGGAUUUGCCCAAAAUUGGAUGGAAGGAUUGGCCAGUUCCUUUGUACUGCAACUGCGUACACUCAGGAGGUCCCCCGACACUCUAGAGCAGUGGCUACCAAUUAGCUAAGUACUGAAGGCCUCCCCUUUUUCAAAAGCCACGCUUUUGUUGUGUGAAAGGUGCCACUGUGCCACGGAUCCCCUGGGUGGGUUACGUGGGAGCCCUGGGGUCCACAGACCACCAAUUGGGAACCACUGCUCCAGAGAGGGUCCUUGGUGUCUACACUGGGGAGAAGAGGAAGAGAAAGAUUGGACUGCAAGCUGCCUUCUGCCCAUGCAACCAAUGGAUACAACUCCAUGGCCUUGAUUCACAGGCAGCACUAAGCCAAACCAUGCCAGAGUGUAUAGCCACAGGCGCUCAUAGAAAAAACUGCAGCCAUUUUGUUCCUUGCUUGGUCACCCUGCUACUGCUGCACUGCCUGGAGCUAAGCCAGUCUGUAUAGCUGCAGGCAAAACAUGAGCUGUAGGCCAAGGUUUGUACUGCUUGUAGUUUGGGGGCGUCUAAACAUGAGCCAGGGUUGGGCAAACCAUGGCUUAUCCAUCUGAUACCUAUAAUUCUAUAUUUGCACAGUAGUCCAGCACAGCCUUGAUCAUAAUAAACUGACACAUGUAUACUACAGAUAUACAAUGAAGUAGUUUGUAUGCUCUGAAUUGAUUAUUUUUAUGUAGCUGUUCUUUCUCCAGGAAAUUACUACCAGCAGUAUUUUACCAUCUGCCUUCCAGCUGGAGCAAGACAUUUUUGCAAAACUAGCUACAGUUCAACUUUGUGAUCAGAUAUCUAAGCUCUAGCUGUAAUAAAUGAAUCGGCUCUCUUUUUUACACAAACAAGGGCUUGCUGUAUUAUUUUAAGAACGAGAUUUAAAGGAGAGCUAAUACAAAAGGCCUUCUGUAUUUGCUGAUCUCUCCCUCUCCUGUUGCCUGCAUUAACUUCGUGCAGAGUUAGCUACAAGGCGUUUGCCAGAUCUUAUGCCCACAUAAUUAAGCGGAGUUUCCUAGCUAGUUUGAAUUUGAGCUCCAUACGGCUUCACAGGAUUUUGUAAAACCAGCAGCAAAUGGUACCAGCCACCUCAGUGGUCUCUCUCUUUGUGAGGAGAGUUUACACAUACAGUUUUAACUUGUAGGCUAAAUUGAGGUAGCUUGAUAAGGAAAGAGCUUCAUGCUUGGGGAUGAAUUAAAAGUGCAGUAUACCGAUUUGCGUAUUGUUGCUGGAUGCUUUGAUGAUCCUGAGAAUCACAGCUGAAACAGUUAUAAUUAUUCAUGUAUAUCAUGGGUAGGCAAACUAAGGACCGCGGGCCGGAUCAAGCCCAAUUGGCUUCUGGAUCUGGCCCAUGGACGGUCCGGGAAUCGCUGCGUGGAUCGCCAGCACACACGUUCUUUCGCUCUCCCUCCUCCCUCUCCCUCACACAGCAGCGGCACCUCCUCCCUCCCUUCUCCUGGCUUCUCCCUGCCCUGCCUAGAGGAGGAAGGGGGCUGGGCUUUGUUGGUGCCAGCAGCAGCAGCAGCAGCAGUGCUCGAGCGGCCGCCAUUUUAAGCAGCCCCUCUCUGGAGCCCUUUUGUGCGCUGCUCAUCGUCCCUCUGCCACCGCCAGCCCCUGCGGCUCGCACAGGUAAGCAGCCACCGGGGCUCCUGGUGCUCUUGCAUCAUUUCCCCCCCAAAAUUAUAGUCCAGCCCCACAAGGUCUGAGGGACAGUGGACCGGCCCCCUGCUGAAAACGUUUGCUGACCCCUGAUGUAUAUUCUACCUAUCCUUGUGCUAAUAACCCCCGAAAAAGAUGAUACUUUAUGCCACUUGGGGACAAUUUUUUUGUUUUCUUAAAAGUAUACCCAGCAUUUAGGUAGCAUUCCAGUGGAGUCUUCUUGUUGGCCCCAUGGCCAAUCUGCGAUCUUUGCUCUUUUGAUUUUCCUGCGUGCUGAACAUAGGCAACAAAUAUAUAGGGCUGGGAUAAUGUAGAAAUGGAAACCAUUGUUUUUCAAGCACUCAAACAAUUCAUUUUUUUUCUUUCCUUCCUUCCUUCCUUUUUUCAGGCAAUGCUGAUGAAUAACAUUACAACAAAUGAAAGACUCAUCCAGAAUUUGAAAGGUAAAUCUCAGCAAAGCACCAUCUGCACAGCAAUUAAGUUUGCUUAUUUUUAUAACUUCACCCAUUGUAUGUCUACUUAUACAUUUCGCCCCCAGGCUGGAAUAGUAGGAAAGUAUGGGGGCAGCUGUAGCUGUUUCAGAAUGUAACCCCCCACCCACUUUAAACAGAGACAGUAUAAAACUGUUGGACCUAGAAACUUACUACUUGAAGACAGAGCCUUGGGUCAACCUAGGAAAUCCUUUUUUUAUUUUCUUAAAAGCAGCCACAAAGGGUCUCUUUUAUUAGAUCAAGAUUGUCAUUCUUGGGGAGAGUUUUGGUUUUUUAAAACCUUUCUCAAUGCUGUUUUUCUUAUUAAUAUAGCCAUGGUGCCCCUGCCAGCUGCUGUUUGCUCAACUGGGGAUAGUUUUGGGAAAAGGGAAUAAUCAUCAAUUAAAUGCCAUGGUAGAAAUGUUAGCUCCCUCUCUCCUCCCCCUAUCCCCAGUGUGAUAGCCUCAUUUCAGAUUUGGCUACUUCUGGCUGUGUUUUCAAAAAUUUAAAGAGAGCUAGACAUGGCUGACCAACAUCUCAUCUAGUUAUGCACUUAAAGGUAAAGGGACCCCUGACCAUUCGGUCCAGUCGUGACUGACUCUGGGCUUGCGGCGUUCAUCUCGCUUUACUGGCCGAUGGAGCCGGCGUACAGCUUCUGGGUCAUGUGGCCAGCAUGACUAAGCCGCUUCUGGCGAACCAGAGCAGCGCACGGAAAUGCCGUUUACCUUCUCGCUGGAGCAGUACCUAUUUAUGUACUUGCACUUUGACGUGCUUUCAAACUGCUAGGUUGGCAGGAUUAGGGACCGAGCAACGGGAGCUCACCCCGUCACAGGGAUUCGAACCGCUGACCUUCUGAUCAGCAAGUCCUAGGCUCUGUGGUUUAGACCCCAGCACCACCUGUGUCCAGUUAUGCACUUAAUAUAGUUCUAAUGUAGUAGUUAAUGAUAUGAACUGUGAUGAGAGAGCUAAAUAAAUAAAUCCUAUUUAACCAGACAUCAAGGGAUAAAUAACUGUAUCCAGGGAGGAGAACCUUCAUCUUAAAAAAAAAACACCAAUUUGUGAGGGACUUAAAGGUUGUUGCAGGAGGUAAGGUCCACAAAUCUCAAGGGAAAAGAGCCAGGUGGAAUAGGAAAGGAAGUCAUAGGCUACUGGAUUUCAGGCUAGAAUCAUGCAAGACUAUAAAGAUUAACUCAAAGAGUUAUAUGAAGGAAAAUACGGUUAAUACUCUUCUUUUAAAAAUGUGCAUUCUCAAUAUUCUCCCAGUAUUUUUUGGUGCAAAAGCAAACAAAAUAACCCAAAGUGAUUUUUCUUUUUUUGGAGGGAGGGGGAGCUUUGAAAAAGUAUGGGAGGGAAAAGUGGAUCUGCACUCAGGUGAAGAGAAAAUUCUUCUUGCAGAUGGAAGUUGGGAUGAUAGCUUCAUGGUCUAUUGAUUCAUGUAUAGGGUAAUAUUCAGUUGUGCCCGUUCACCAGCAGAAUAGGCUUCUGCUUGCACACCAGAACUUCUGUUACCCCCCACCCCCCUGCUACUGCCCCCAAACCUGCUCCAGAUUUUGGGGGGCAGAAAGGAAGGAGAAGUCGCUGGGAGCAAAUGGAAGUCUGCUUGUGCAGUAUGGAUUUCACAGACACUAGGCAGUAAACUCCGCUGAAUGUAGUGGAAUUUACUAAACAUGCAUAUGUUUGAGCUACACAGGUCACAUAAACCGAAAAGACAAGCAGCGUUUUAAUCUAAUUACUAUGAAUAAUUGGUGAAAUAAAUAAGAAUAUUCUUUCCUACUCAUCAUUCAUUAUUUUCUCCUUCUGCUUGUUUUUAAUAAAAUUUAAUUUUUACUCAGAAAACUUGAGAGGUCUGCAGAAGGAAUGUGGAAGGCUCCAACUUGACAUUUACAGGUUUAAGAAAAACCAGACAAACCUUCAGAAAAAAAUUACAUAUGACAUGUAAGUAUGUGAUGAUUGGCCAACUUCUGUAUAAGCAAAAUGGCCACAAGCCAAGUUAUUCAAGCACUAGCUUUGGUUACAUAUUUAGAUUUUAAACAAUGUGUUUCCUACAUUGAAGUCAAUGGGAUUAAAAAAAUAUAAAAAUCAGGUUUGCUGUUUUAAAUAUUUUGCUGCACUGGCUCACAGAUCUAAGAAUUUAAUUAUAAUACUGUACCUAUGAACAAACCAAAACAACAAAGGUUGGGUAUAAUUUUGCAUUUAAAUAUAGGAUAUUUCUAACUUAAAAAGAAAUAUUUAAGUUAGAAAUAUUUAUAACUUAAAAAGUAUAGACAUCACCUUGCCAACAAAGCUCCGUAUAGUAAAAGCUAUGGUUUUCCCAGUAGUGAUGUAUGGAAGUGAGAGCUGGACCAUAAAGAAGGCUGAUCGCUGAAGAAUUGAUGCUUUUGAAUUAUGGUGCUGGAGGAGACUCUUGAGAGUCUCAUGGACUGCAAGAAGAUCAAACCUAUCCAUUCUUAAGGAAAUCAGCCCUGAGUGCUCACUGGAAGGACAGAUCCUGAAGCUGAGGCUCCAAUACUUUGGCCACCUCAUGAGAAGAGAAGACUCCCUGGAAAAGACCCUGAUGUUGGGAAAGAUGGAGGGCACAAGGAGAAGGGGACGACAGAAGACGAGAUGGUUGGACGGUGUUCUCGAAGCUACCAGCAUGAGUCUGACCAAACUGCGGGAGGCAGUGGAGGACAGAAGUGCCUGGUGUGCUCUGGUCCAUGGGGUCACGAAGAGUCGGACACGACUAAAUGACUAAACAACAACAUUUCUAACUUGCCUUACCUACAUCCCUCUGCAGUUCUGCUGGCUCCUGGGUCUACCAGAAAAGUCUAUCUGCUAAUGUAGCUGGAUUGUCACCAUGGCAACAACAACUGGCCUGCAAUUGGCUGAGUGGUGCAGAGAGCUGGUUGUCUCAGGAGAUUGGCAGAAAUGUCUGCCAGGGUCGGACAGGAACAAGUGCGGCUUUGAGAUUUUUGGGACCUUUUUCUUAAUUGCUUGAACACUUUCUAAUUGCUUGAACUAAGCCCUAGUUGCCUAAUGGACCAGCCUGUACUAACUUUAAUCAGGGAGUUGGAGAAGCAGAAACGAUGCAACCAGCUAAAAUACUCAAAUUCAGCAAUUGGCAAUACAUUGUUGGUUGUCAUGUUUCAAAAAUAUUCUCUUGGUUAACAAUAUACACUAGUAGAUGGGAGGUUUCUCAGGAGCACGAGGCCCUAAUUCUGCACUUACUGUGCAAAGCUAUAAAUCUGCCACUGGGCCAGCACGAUUUGUGACUGUACAAGCCUCACGAGGGGCUCAAUAAACCUCCAAUUCAUGAUCUCUCUAGGACUACAAAAACAAGGAGGUUGUCAAUCAGACAGAAGGCAGGAGUAUGUGUCUGACAGGCUGUGUUUGACUUUGUGGGUUUCAAGUUGUGCAGAUCUUUUGUGUUUUAAAGAACACAUUUUACAAACGGCAUUCUGUUGCUUGGUUCUAGGUCUCAGUGUAUCAGUCAGAUGAAGGAACUGAAAGAACAAUGUGAAGAAAGGAUAGAAGCAACCUGCAAAAAAGGCAGUCAGAUACCAGAAGACAUGAAGAAUAGUUCAAAAAUAUUAGAGAGAAAUGAUCAAGUAAGUUUUAAAAAUUUGUUUUAGAGGGGUAUUUAUACACAAAUUGUAGGUGAACCAGGCUGGCUGAACUGAUUCAGGCCAUUAUCCAGACCUCUAUGUGGGGCUGAACAACUACAAUUGUUGAUGGCCCAAAGUAAGAAGAAGGUGAACCACAAUACUUCUCUUCCCAUCUCCAUUUUUUGAAUGCAUAUUCCUUCCAUUUGUUGCUGCCUUGACCUUUUGGAAUUCCAGUGUGCUCAUUUAACGUUAGAAGUACCUAAGCUUUGGCAUGCUUAUCUAACUCCCCAGUUAGAGCAGCAGCAACUUAAAAGAAUCAACAUUGUUUCAGUUAAAUUAUUUAAGUCAUUGAACUUAAACAAGGAACUUUCAGUUCAACACCUGUUGUUUGAGGAAGAUUUAUGACACCUUCCUUCAAAACCUUUGACCCUCAUUUUUUUUUUUGUAAAUAGUAUAGCUCCAUUCUAUGCCAACAGGUAAACUUCCUCUUCCUUAACAGAGAUUUAUUUGUGGACAUAAAAUCAUUUGUCACCAUAGAUGACAAGGAGUGGCACAUAAAAGUUGUACUUAGUACAUUUUCAUAAAGUUGUGAAGGAUUGAGGAAAUGAUUAACCGUAAAAAGUGAGUUUUUAUAAUGCAUUUAAAAUUGCUCAGAAGUAUCCAAACAACUUUCAAAGUUUGGUCACAUUGCAUGAAAGCCAAAGUUACCUUCCCUCCAUCUCUCUCUCAUUACGCCAACUAUAUGAGAGAACUCUGACUGGAUCCCCUGAAGUAAUAAUCUUUUGAAAGCUGGCAUGGGGAGGAAGAAGGCUUUAUCCUCCCCACUGCCACAGACCUGAUCCAAACAUACAGGAUGCUUGUUUGCUUUUCCCUCUGUGGCUAAUAGCAGCUCUAUGGGUCCCCCCCCCCCCAUUUAGAGGUUGACUCUCCUCAUACAGUGGCUUUGAUUAAAAUUGCCAUCCCCCUGCAUGAGCCUUUCUUAAGAGCAGACAAUUAUGUGGAGAGAUCCAAUCACAAAUCCGGCUAGAUCCUGUCACAAUGUGGUAAAGCUGAAAACUACCUAAGUCUCUUCUGAUUUCAGUAGGAGAGAAAAGUGUUUAACUUGCCCCUAGAAAUUAAUGGGACCUGCUCCCUGGUCAUAGGCAUGCGGUGAAAUAUAUGCAUGUAGCUAUUGUCAAAUGUAACUUCUUCCAUACAUAGCAGGCUGCAUUAUCUUGUGGCUUGUGAAGCAGCCACAAGAAGGGAAAACAGCUGUCUGUUUUACUGUCGUUCAGUUUCUACCAAGGACUUUGUUUUAAUUUUGCUGUGUAACCACUUAAAGUAAAAAUUCUAAUAGUAGAUUAUUCAUUUGCGCUGAAGAAUUGUAUGAAUCAAGUAGGGCUGUUUUUUUGUUUUUGUUUUAGAUAAAUAUUCAAGAGCCAACAGAGUUUGGGCAGCGUGACCUGACGAAACAGGGAAAUGAACUUCAAGGAAAACAUUACAUCGCUGAUGAUUCUUUGAAACUAGAAAUCUCAAAGGCAACGCCACCCAGCAUAAAAAAUGUGGCAGAACUGGAUUAUCAAAGAGAAAAAGGUAAGAGUGUUGUAUCAAAGAUUACUAUAAAUUUCCAGUCUCGUCAUCAGGUGUUAGCAUCUAAAACAAAUAGUCCAAAACACCGAACGACUUUGCAUGAAUAAGAUUUGUUCCCCAAUACAAAGUUGUGACUUUGGCCAGAGUUGAAACAGUGAUUCUAUCACUUUCUGCCUCUCAGUCUUACUAUCUUCACAGUAGUCAUGUUGUGAGCUUAGCAAUGCUAGAAAUAUAGGUAUGUGAGUGUUCAGUUCUUGAAGUGAUGCUUUCAUUGCCUGUUCAAGGGAACGUGCUUUUGGUUUUCGUUGGGCUCCUGCCCACCCCACCAAUGAAUGAAAUAUGGUCACAGCUAAUGAUGGGGAUCCUGGGCAGGGCAAUCUGGUGCUAGGUUAAAACCAUUUUCCAGGCGUUUGAUUAGUGGCCUCAUUUUACUUCUGCUGUUUGCUGCUAGGUUUUAAAAGGGAUUUCCCCGUCUGCGAUCCAAACCAAAGACCCUAUUGUUUGCAAGGCAUUGCUGUGCUGGUAUUUUUUCACAAACUCAGUCGCUGCUCACAUGACAUUUGGAAACACAACAGUGUUUCUCCCUUAUUUAUAAUGCUAUUCCAUGCUACGUGUCAUUGCAAAGCAGGAAAGGUCUUAAGUCAAAUUUGCUGUACUGUAUCUUCAUCAUGUAGGGACGCGGGUGGCGCUGUGGGUUAAACCACAGAGCCUAGGACUUGCCGAUCAGAAGGUCGGCGGUUCGAAUCCCUGCAAUGGGGUGAGCUCCCGUUGCUUGGUCCCAGCUCCUGCCAACCUAGCAGUUUGAAAGCACAUCAAAAGUGCAAGUAGAUAAAUAGGUACCACUCCGGCGGGAAGGUAAAUGGUGUUUCUGUGCACUGCUCUGGUUCGCCAGAAGUGGCUUAGUCAUGCUAGCCACAUGACCCAGAAGCUGUACGCCGGCUCCCUCGACCAAUAAAGCGAGAUGAGCGCUGCAACCCCAGAGAUGUUCACGACUGGACUUAACUGUCAGGGGUCCCUUUUACCUUUAUCACGUAGUGUGGAAGUAACUAUUGCUUGAUAGGUCACUGUGUGGAACAAGGGUCUCCCAACAUUUUUGGACCCCUGUGCACAUUUUGAAUUCGAAGAGACUACUGUGAGCACCAGCCACAAAAUGGCUGCCAUGAGGAAUGUGGCAUAACAUAAACCAUCCCGACAACAUGAUUAUAUAUCCCCCCCCAGUGAGUUUCUGGCUAAUCAACAGGGAUCAUUCCUCAAUAUUAGGGAAAAUAUACAACACUUACUGUACAGAAAUUGUUUCAGAAGAUACCUGCACAUCUUGCCUCUUAACUUCCUUUCUUGGAGGACAAGAGAUGAUUAUUUAAAUGAAAGCUCAGACUUUAGGACACCUGCCCUACUGCACCAAUGAAAGAAAGCCUUUGCAGUGCUAGCUUGGUCCCCCCUGGUUCAGAUGGUUAAUGCAUAAUAAUUGUCUUUCUGGUAGCGUGCAUAGAGGGAAAGGUGACUGUACCCCCAAAAUGGCUGCAUAGGAGCCACUACCACAAUCACAAACAUUCUCUCCCUCAUACAAAGUUAAGGCUUGGGGGAAAGGGCUUUCAAGCUAAGUGCAGCGGCACACUGAGAAUUAGCAUCCAGUUGAGGGCAAAAUGGCAGAUAAAGCUUCUUCAUUCCUAAAUGUACAUAGUUGCAUGUGUGCGUGCAGGUGUACAUACAAUACCAUUGACCAUACCUACCGCUGAUAUGUGGCCCUCAGUUCGAAAAAGGUUAACCGCCUCUGUUGUAAACCAACUGGCCCAAGCAAGACUAUGCUUGUUGACUGUUGUUAUGGUGAAAAAUUUACUAGAUCCUAAGCUGUUUUUCUGACACUGCAUGGAACAUUCCACUCCUCUCUCGUUGCUCAAUCUGUUGCUCAUGUAUCUCUGCAUACCGUUUGGACAUUGACACAUCCUGUCCCAAGUUGUCCUCUGAAGAUGGAACUUUGUCCCAAACCCAAAUGAGAUUCUGGAUCCUGGGGAUCCCCCCCCCUUUUGAUGCACCUCCUUGAUUAAUACCCCCCACCCAACUUUCUCUUGCCUUGAGGAUGGUAGUAAAAUCUGGUUACAGCAGGUAAAUAGACUCAAGUGAGUCAUACCUGCACUGCGUCAUUGUGUAUUUUGUGCUGCUAUUCGUGGGAUGAAUGUUGAACAUCUAGCUCGUGAGAGAAGCGUAUAAAAAUCUGCACUCAUUUUGCUGAUCUUAAGGAGAAAUAUCCAGCUUGCCCAGAAAACUCUGCUAUAUGUUCACUUGCUGCUUUGUAUUUACUGAUUUUCCAUCUUUAUUCAAAGUCCUUUUUAAGGGAUUGCAGGUGUGGCCAAUGGGAGUGAAAAAGUCCCAUCUCAUUCGCCAUCAUGCUGAUUCCUAGACCCCUGCCCAGUAAACACGAAGUAAUACAAAAUACACCUGGUGAAAGUUUCUCUUUAUUUAUUGACUAUUACUAUCUAAACUCUGAAAGUGGAACAGCCCACUGGAAGCAGUAAAACCGUACACAUUACCAGUUUCAUAUUAAUCCCUCAGUAUAAUGUACCUUGGGACGUGGGUGGCGCUGUGGGUUAAACCAGAGCCUAGGACUUGGCGAUCAGAAGGUCGGCGGUUCGAAUCCCCGCGACGGAGUGAGCUCCCGUUGGUCGGUCCCGGCUCCUGCCAACCUAGCAGUUUGAAAGCACGUCAAAGUGCAAGUAGAUAAAUAGGUACCGCUCCGGCGGGAAGGUAAACGGUGUUUCCGUGUGCUGCUCUGGUUCACCAGAAGCGGCUUAGUCAUGCUGGCCACAUGACCCGGAAGCUGUAUGCCAGCUCCCUUGGCCAGCAAAGCGAGAUGAGCGCCGCCACCCCAGAGUCGGCCGCGACUGGACCUAAUGGUCAGGGGUCCCUUUACCUUUAUCAUGUACCUUGCCAACACCUCUUCCUCCAUUUUAUACUUGAUUUGACUGUGCUGGAUAACAGGGCCUAAUGAAUGAAGAGUUUGGCAUGGAGGAUCUCAAGUCAGUGUAAAGGUUAGGUCAGGUUGCAUGCCUUGCAGAUCUUUCCUAGCCUUAUACUUUCUCAGUCCAUGAAUAUGUAUUAAAAGAGAAGCGCAGGAUGGUCUCCAGAAGUGGAACAAUGUGUUCAGUAAGUGUCUUGUAUGACAAGCACCUUUAACCAACCAAAAGACUGCAUGGACUUCUGGUUUCAAUAGGUGGUGUGCCCAUUUUGUGAAACAAGUUAGGCAAGGAAAAGCAGCUUAAGUUUUAAAUACUUAAAUUUUCAUACCAAUCCCAUUCUUGCACUGUGUUCUUAUUGUGCUUUUACAAUUGUUUACAAAAGGAACUGCUUUUGCUGUCAACGAAAAGGAACCCAAGGAAGAGGAACACUCUGUUGAACAGGACAACCUACAAAUAGUUGCUAAGCUUAACGCAGAUAAUAAUGGUCUGCCCCCAGAACCAGGAAUGGAACAGAAGUCGUAUGAAGAAGUUAAAAAUGUACUUGAAGUAGCAGCAGAAAAGCAGGCAGGCAAAUUGGCAGAAGCUAUGCGCCAGCAAAAUGCCAAUCAAGCAAAAGCAGACGAUGAAGAAGUUGAACGAGAGCACCUUUUAAAUGAUGAGCCGCAGCAGGAUGAACAGGAGACCAGAAAGACUGGUUAGUAUGAAGGCUUGGCUGCUGUCCAGGAAGGACAUAUUUGAGUGUAUAAAUAAACAGCAAAGGAAAAAUAUAACCAGCUGUAGUUUGACAUCUAUCACUCCUGAAAAACUGUGUUUUGGGUGUAGCACUUGGUGUCAAACUUCCAUUCCUGUUUAUAAUUAAUAGUUAUCGCCGAGGAAGCAGAAUGCCAAAUGUUUACCGUAUUUUUCACCCUAUAGUACACAUUUUUUCCUAUGUGGCGAAUGCAAGCUUUCGCUGAAGCCUGGAGAGCGGGGGGGGGGCAGUGCGCACCGACCCCUCACUCUCCAUCCGCUAGCCGUGGGACAGCUGCACGAAGUCGCGCAGCUCUCCCACGGCUAGCGGAGAGCUUGCCUGCACCCAGAAGCUUGUGGCGCGCUGAGCUCAGCACGCCCCAGGCUUCCAGCUUUGCGCAGCUCUCCGCUAGCCGUGGGAGAGCUGCGCAAAGUCGCUCAGCUCUCCCACAGCUUGCGGAUAGCAGCCUGUUCUGGGGGCUGGGGUCGGGGGAAGCUUGGGCUUCCCCCGCCCCAGCCCAGCACCUGGGGGGGGGGAAAUAAUUUUUUUUCUUUAUUACCCCCCAAAAAAACUAGGUGCACCCUAUGGGCCGGUGCGCCCUAUGGGGCGAAAAAUACGGUACUUGUUUUUCUCCCCACAAUAUUUGAAGUAUAUUAUUUGUCUAUCUACCACUGGAAACAAAAUGGUGGAGCAUCUUUAGUUCCAAAACCAUGUUUAGAAGUGAGCUUGUUUCACUUUGAACAUUCCCUCUUUGUGUUAGAGGUUAUCAUAGGGCAGGAGUGACUAACCUCGUUUGGGCUGCUGGGCCAGGGGUCAGAGGCCAAGAGUGUGUGUGGCCAGUUUAUUAAAGACAGAUUUUGGGGGCUGGGGUGGGGAGGUCUCAAACAUCUUGGACCUGUAGGAAUGGUAUUUUUCCCCCAGUGGAGGAAGCCUUGAGGGCCUCAAAAUUAUUUUUUAAAUAUAACAUUUUGUGAGGAGGAUGUCAGUUUUCUUGGGAGUGCUGGAUGCAGACCAUUCCUGCAGUUGGGCAGUACGCUAAACAUCCAAAACUCAUUCAACUGCAUUGACAAGGCAUAGCAGGUUUCUAAAAUAAAAUUAGCCUAAUUCCAAACCCUAAGGGAGGACAUGCCACCCUGCUUCUUGCUAAUUGUUAAAAGAUCCUUACCUAUUGGUAAGAAGAGAUCAUACAGCAGACCACUUGGAGGAAUAAAGAGGUGACUAUGAGAAUAUGUUUGAGCUAGCAUGCCACCAGUGCAAAUAUUGCCUGUAUCUCAAAGAAAUGAUCAGGUGGCAAGAAUUUACCAGGGUAUAAAGGUGUUAAGAGACAAAUGAGCACUAUCAGGUAUUACAGUAUUUAAAUAAAACCAUUAGUAAUCUCGCCUAACUACUGAAAAUGUAAUGUGCCUAUGCUGGUUGGUUGGUUGGUUGGUUGACUGAUUGAUUGUAAUGAGCCGAGAAAGCCCAGUGUUAAUAAUUGAAAUAUUGAAUGCUCUACAGUAAAAGACAACUUUUAUAUUCAAUAAGAUUCAUAAAAAGAAUUAUUCUGACUUGUCUUUGCAGGUGAAUUUGGAAUCAAAACAGCAAACCAGGAUAACGUAGUGGACUACAAUUUAGAAAUGAACGAGGCGGAAUCUGAAACAGAUAAGCAAGCUGCUCUUGUUGACAACCAAAGUAACUUUAAUGGUAAGUGGUGCAUUUUCUGUUCUGAAGGUCAUAGUUCUCAAAGAUAUUCUAGAAUACCUUAAAACUAUUUUGCACAGUGAUCAGUCAGAUUUUUCAUUAGUUCAGUGACAUUUAAAACAUUUUUAAACUGGGUAUUUAGUGAACUUUGUUCUAAUUUAGCAACAUGGGAGGUCAUGCUGACAGCUGCCAUUAUGUUGUGAAAAACUGUCAGUUGAAAAUAUGUAAAUUUUGCACGAUGACCAAUAGACAGGCAUAAUGUUUAUGUGUAACUAUUCUGUGAUUAAAUAUUUAAUUAACCGAACUCUAUGUAUUUAGAAUUUCAUAAAAUUUCUUCUUUUCAGUCCAGAAACUUGAAGAUCCCAACAUGCAAAACCACUUAUUUAAGCCUGGCGAAGAACAUCAACAGAGGUUGUGAAUAAUGAGUUGUUGCAGGAAACAACCACAGACACUGAGACAAGGCUUGAAACCUUCAAGGCUUGAAAUGUUAGACUGAAGCGGAUCAAUUAGGGUUUAUUUAAAUAUUUUCUGACCUUAUUAACUUGUCUCCUGAUGUAAUGUUCUUACUAUUCCUAUGAAGUGUGCCAUGAAAACAUUUCAGGAGGAAGUCUUUUUUUAAAAAAAUUGAAUCUAUACCUGUUCUUCUGGUUCUCCUUGAACUGUGACAAAAAAGCCCCCAAAUACAAGUUGUCUAGCUACCAAAACUGGAAUUUCUUAAACUUUAGAAAUGCCAUUGUUUUCUCUAGCUAUCAAAGAAAGACAGUUCUUCCCAAUCAGUACUGGAUUUUGUACUUGUUUUCCAUAGCAAUUUCCGCCAGAAAGAAGAUAUCCUAGGGUUAUACUCUAUAAACCAGUUUUUAAACACUGAAAUAUUCGCCCAUAGUAGUAGCCAAGAGCAUGAUUUAUGAUCUUAUUGCAACUUGAAAACAUGGAGAUGAUGAAUCUACAAGCCUCAGAUAAUAUCGACUAUUUCUUAUGAAGUAUCUUAAUGUAAAACAAAGCUCAGUACUCUAAUCUUAUCACACGAAUAGGAAAGAGCAUGGUACUGAAGUGGAAUCAGUAUAGGGUCAGAACUUUAUACCUGUUGAAAUUCAUCCUUGACCGUAGUGGUGACCCUUAAAAAUAACAGGCACAUAGUAAAUGUGGUACAAGUUUGUUGCUCCAUAAUCUUUUUUCAUGUUUACCAACUAACGGUUCUAUCCAGUUGGUGCUCUUGCACAAGCACUUUUGAGGCAGGGAGUAGAUACCCCCACCCAAAUCCUAUCCCCUCUUCCAGCUAUUGAAAAUCUCUGGCGAAUCCCCUAACCUUCCAAAACUCUCUUGGGGAUCCUUGGUGGUAAUAACAAAAAUGGCCUCCCUUCUUUUGCAAUUACCUUCCACUUGUGGCAUAAGCACAAGGCUAACCAAUUAGAUAUGCCAUUACGUAGCUGAUUUUGAUUACGUCAAUAAAACAGCCUAGUCUUUGUGAAAUGAAAACCUAUUUCGAUCAAUGGUGAAUUAAAUUAAAGAGUAAAAAAACCCAAAUAGCCUGGUUGAUAGUGUCUUAUUCCAAGUAAAACAUACUUCAAGGGGAAACAAAAUGUACUAUACAGUGUGUCUAGAUUUUAGGUCUCCUAUUUAAGCUAUGAAGAAGGAAACAUGUAUUCUACAGAACAUUCCAUGAAACUAGCUGGCUCUUUAUUUGCAUAGACAUAUCCUUACCUUUAAUGGUGCUGUUUAUAGCUGUUUAGCUGAUACUUCAAAUGUGUAAACAAAAAAAAUCCCAAACCCUCAACUGUAUUAUGCUUCAAAAACUAAAAUAUGAAAACAGUGCACAGAACAUUUAGCUAACCAAAUAAAAGUGGUCCAAAUCAUUUUAAGGCUUACAAUUUACGGAAAUAACUUGGUAUAGGGCAGCCUUUAAAACAAGUGGAGAGGAAGGUGCAACCAUGUAUAUAUAACCAUGUAUAUAUAGAGGCUUGCCAAAUAAUGUCAAGUCCUGAAUGCAAACUCUCAGCAAUUAAAUCCAAAGACAUCUGUCUAGAAUACUCAACCAGUGGCCAGAAAUUUCACCCCCUUCUUUUGAAGAUUUUGCACUCUAAAAGGAUAUGCCUUCCAAAUUAUUUCUUAGCAAAACUCCAAUACACUUUUGUGUGUGUGUGUAAGUUAAGAACAUUUCAUAUGUGGUCUAAUAAAAACAUGCAGCAC